UUGGAUGAUCAUGCACGUGUAUUGAUAGGACGUUGCUAAUUUUCUCCUCAGACUUACUUUAAUGAAUUGUUAAAAUAGAUAGGUAUAUACUUAUUACUGAAGUUAGGCAGCGUUUGCUAAAACGUCCAUCUAUAUAAUAAACCAGCUAAGAUGCCGAAAGCUAAGAAAUCCAAAGGUGGAGGUGGGGAGAAAAGUGCUGGCGGAAUGGUUGCGCUUGCUGAUCAGAUUCUUCAAGGGGAUUUAGUAAGAGUACAUAGCCGAGUAAAGACCAGGGAUAAACGGGGAGAAGAUGAGGACGAGUACGUGGAUGAACGUCUAUCAAGAAAGAUCCUUGAGCAAGCACGAAUCCAGCAAGAAGAACUACAGACAGAAUAUGGCUUGGCACCAGAAGUCAAGAAAACGCCAGCCACUGUUUUAGGUCCAGAUUCUCAGAAUGCAGACUCUGAUGAGGAGUGGCCAGCGCUGGGUGAAGCCGGGGCAGUUGAGGAGGAAGAGUCUAGCUGUGGGACAGAAGUGGUGGUGGACCCAGAGGAUGAGAAAGCUAUGCAGACGUUUAUGAACAAGAAUCCACCCAUGAGACGAACUCUAGCAGACAUUAUCAUGGAGAAAAUAACAGAGAAGCAGACGGAGGUGGGGACAGUGAUGUCAGAGGUAUCAGGGCGACCCAUGCCUGAGCUGGACCCCAGAGUCAUCGAAGUAUACAGAGGUGUUAACAAGGUUCUGUCUAAAUAUCGGAGCGGCAAACUGCCCAAAGCAUUCAAGAUCAUACCAGCGUUGUCAAAUUGGGAGCAGGUCCUGUAUUUGACAGAGCCUGAGACCUGGACUGCUGCAGCAAUGUACCAGGCAACAAGAAUCUUCUCAUCAAAUUUGAAAGAGCGAAUGGCCCAACGAUUCUACAACUUGGUGUUACUGCCAAGGGUACGAGAUGACAUUGCAGAAUAUAAAAAACUGAACUUCCACUUGUAUAUGGCCCUGAAGAAGGCUCUUUUCAAGCCAGGAGCAUGGUUCAAAGGCAUUCUGAUCCCACUCUGUGAAUCUGGAACAUGCACUCUCAGGGAGGCUAUCAUCAUCGGCAGCAUACUCACAAAGUGUUCAAUCCCUGUACUGCAUUCCAGUGCUGCCAUGCUCAAACUGGCAGAAAUGGAGUACAAUGGAGCCAACAGCAUUUUCCUGCGACUCUUACUGGACAAGAAAUACGCCCUGCCCUUCCGUGUUUUGGAUGCCUUAGUCGGACACUUUCUGUCCUUCCGCAGUGAGAAGCGUGUUCUUCCUGUGCUCUGGCACCAGAGUCUGCUCACUCUGGCACAGCGCUAUAAAGCUGACCUGGCCUCUGAACAGAAGGCAGCUCUGCUGGAGCUGCUCAAGGUGCAGACACACUCCCAGAUGUCUGCAGAGAUCCGACGUGAGCUACAGAACUCUGAGUCGCGUGAUCUUGAAACCACAAUGCCUGUCACAAUGGCAAUGGAGCUGUGCAAGGAUUCCCUUGCCACCUCCCCAACUUAACUCCUCUUUCUCUGCAUCAUAACUUCAUUGAUUCAAUAAACUGCCAAUAACAUA